AAAUAUACAAGGACCCAUACCUUCGCCACCCACCAGCUCCCAAAUAAAUAAGGACCCAUACCUUCACCACCCACCAGCUCCCAAAAGAUGGAGGCUGCGCCCCACUGCGCCACCCCUUCCCCUCCCCUCCACACCCUCCGGCUCAUGCGCCGGACCAUCCCGAACCGUGUGUUCGCCGCGGUCUACGUUUCGGCCGUAGUAGCCCUUUUCUACCACCACACCGUCGCUCUCCUCCACUCCACAACCGGCCUAGCAUCAGCUGCAACCCGGUUAUGCCUGCUUGCGGCCGAUGCUGUCCUCGGGUUCAUGUGGGUUACCACGCAGGCCUUCCGCAUGCGGCCGGUCUCCCGUAGGGAGUUCCCGGAGGCCCUCCUUGGAGGACCUGCCGCAGCGUGGGGAGAGGGGUUUCCGGCCCUGGACGUGUUCGUGUGCACGGCGGAUCCGUUCAAGGAGCCACCGAUGAGCCUAGUGAAUACGGCGCUCUCGGUGAUGGCCUACGAGUACCCAACGGAGAAGGUGGCGGUUUACGUGUCGGACGACGGGGGCUCGGAGCUCACCCUGUUUGCUCUCAUGGAGGCUGCUAGUUUUGCCAAACACUGGUUGCCCUUUUGUAGGGAGAAGAAGGUGGUGGAGAGAAGCCCCGAAGUGUAUUUCAGAUCAAAUAUGGACGCUUGGUGUUCUGAGACUCACAAUAUUAAGAUGAUGUACCAAGAUAUGAAAGAUAAAGUAGAAAGCGUGGUGGAGAAAGGGAGGGUUGGGGAAGAGUACAUCGCCACUAAAGCUCAGCGCCAGGCUUUCACCAAAUGGACACAUGAAUUCACGCGUCAACACCAUCCCACUGUCAUUCAGGUUCUGUUAGAAAGUGAGAAAGACGAAGACGAUAGAGGCCAGAUGAUGCCAAAUCUCAUCUAUGUGUCGAGGCAGAAAAGCAGGAACUCGCCGCAUCAUUUUAAAGCCGGCGCCCUCAAUGUCCUCCUUCGUGUGUCGGCGACGAUGACCAACGCACCUAUUCUCUUGACCUUGGACUGUGACACGUACUCAAACGACCCGAAGACGCCUCUUCGUUUUCUAUGCUACCAUUUUGACUCUGCAAUUCGCCCAACGUUAGGGUUUAUUCAGUUCCCCCAACGGUUUCAUGGAAUCAACAAGAGAGAUACGUAUGCAUGUGAGUACAAACGCUUGUUUCAGAUUAAUCCUUUGGGCAUGGACGGCCUUUCAGGCCCUAACUACGUGGGCACCGGAUGCUUCUUCCAUCGUCGGGCGUUCUUUGGAGGGCCAUCUUCUUUCGUGCAACCCGAAAUCCCCGAACUCAGCCCAAACCAUGUUGCGGACAAGCCCAUCCAAUCCUCACGCGUUUUGGCAUUGGCACACAACGUCGCGAGUUGUGAUUAUGAGAACCACACUACUUGGGGUUAUAAGAUGGGCUUCAAGUAUGGGUCCUUUGUGGAAGACUACUACACUGGUUACAGGCUGCAGUGUGAGGGGUGGAAGUCAAUUUUCUGCAGCCCAGAGAGGGCAGCCUUUCUGGGGGACAUACCCAUCAGCCUCAAUGACAUGUUGAACCAGUGCAAGCGUUGGGCCGUGGGCCUCCUUGAAGUGGCCUUCUCCAAGUACAAUCCCUUGACUUUUGGGUUCAGGUCCAUGGGCCCUUUGAUGGGCCUUGCUUAUGCUCACUAUACAGGCUGGCCCUUUUGGUCCCUUGCUCUCACCACAUAUGCCUUCCUCCCACAGCUAGCUCUCCUCAAUGGGAUCUCCAUCUUCCCAAAAGUCUGUGAUCCAUGGUUUCUCCUAUAUGCAUUUCUCUUCUUGGGAUCCUACACUCAAGAUUUUCUAGACUUCAUUUCUUUGGGAGGAACGCUCCAAAAGUGGUGGAGUGACCAAAGAAUGUGGCUGGCCAGGGGACUCUCUUGUUUCUUGUUUGGCUUACUAGAAUUCCUGCUCAAGUCCUUGGGCAUUCCCUCCCAUGGCUUCAAUAUCACCAGCAAAGUUCUCGAUGACGAACAAAGCAAACGAUAUGAUCGGGAGGUGUUCGAGUUUGGGAUAGCCUCACCGAUGUUCGUGCCCCUGGCCAUGGCUGCCAUCAUCAACUUGUUGUCCUUCAUUUGGGGGUUCACUGAGGUUUUUGGAAAAGGGGGGACUAGUUUUGUAGGACUGUUUGGGGUGCAGAUGUUCAUAGCUGGUUUUGUGGUUGUGAACUGCUGGCCUAUAUAUGAAGCAAUGGUCUUGAGGAGUGACAAGGGCAGGAUGCCUACUAGAACUACCAUUGUUUCUGCAUUUUUGGUCUGGGCUCUUUACAUGGCAGCUUCUUUGAUUCUAAAAGUAUGACAUUUGGGAUCUGUUUGGAACUUUUAAAAUUUUUCCCCUUUGUUGUUCUAUUGUUACUCUAUCUGAAAAUAAGAUGAGCUAUAAUUUCUUUGUGCAA